GGUGACUUGAGUUUAUUUUCAGAUUGUUUUGUAUUGGAUUGGGAUGCCGAAGAGCAAAGCGAGAGUGUCCGACGACAACGAGAGUGAGAGUGGAAGCAGCAGCAGCAGCGACAGCGCCUCCACUCCUUCCGACUCCUACACCCCCAAAGCGAAGAAGACAAAGAAGCAGACCUCCUCCCCCUCUGCUGCCUCCUCUGCUUCUGUCUGGAAUGAGGAGGGGCGACUGGCGCUAAGUGAGAAGAGGUUUGUAACGGUGAAGUGGUUCAAGGGCCUCGUGUAUGUGGACAUCCGGGAGUACUACGAGAAGGAUGGAGUGAAGAUGCCAGGCAAGAAGGGCAUCAGCCUCAACCCCGAACAGUGGGCCAAACUGAAGGACAACUUGCGCCACAUCGACAAAAAGGUCAAGGCCGUGGAAGAGAGGUGAACACACAAACUGAACAGGACAGAAGAGAGCAGACAGAAGAGAGGAGAAGAGAAGAGAACAGAAGAGAAGUGUGCAGUUAGUGAGUGGAUAAAGAUUAGCCGCUGCUCAGUGACAUCUGUGUGUUAUCCUACUUUUUAUAAUUUCUGAGAAAGUUUUUGUUAUAGUUUAAUUUGUUGGUGGCUCAUAAUGAAUGCUAAAUUCAAUGAUUUCGUCUAGGUACAAGUAUGAUAUUUUUGUCCCAACAUUUUAGAUGGCUCUUUGAACAUUUUAGGCUUUUUUCAUUUUUGGAAACGGUUUGCUUCUGUCCACUUGUGAUGGCGUGUUUUAAUACUUGUUUUCACGAGUGACCCAACUAUCAUACUUGCAUCUUGUUUCACUUCUAUAGUAAUAACUGCUGCAAUUUUGAAUUCAAUUUUGUUGAGU